AUGAACGUGCGGCCGCAAGAGGGUCGCAGCGCCCUAUUUUCGCGCAACGCGUCUCCCGACAACUCUUUCUUACUGCCGCGCACGCCGCCGCCAAUGGAGGACCUCCUGGAGGCCGUUUUGACCGCUCAUGCGCUCUCCGAAUACGGCUCGCUGAGCAGGGCGUUUCAAGACAGCGAGGCGUUCAACAAGGCGAGCCCGGAACAGCUCAGCAGCUUCCUCGAGCACUUGUUCGCCCUCGAAGAGCUCAACUGCCGGCACUACACCGUCGGCCUGAUUCUCACUUUGUACGUGCAGCAGAGGCGCUCGGGGGAGCGCGUCGAGACGCACCAGUUGGCGAAGUGCGCGGAGCAGGAUCGGCGAGCGUUCGUCGCGCAGACGGCGAGGCUGUUCGGCCAGCUGGACGGGUUCCAGACGCGCGUGGCCGCGAAGCAAGUGGCCGAUUUGUGCGCCGUGUUCGCGAAGUCGCUGGUGGAGCUCAAGGCGCCAGUGAGGGGGAUCAGGCCGUUGUACGCGGUGGUGGCGGCGCUGACGGGCGAGAGGUCGAUGCUGACGCCCGUGCACGCCUUGGUUUUGCAGUUGUGCAUAUGUGCGCACACGUACAAGGCGGCGUUGCCGUUGUUGGAGACUAGGCCUUUAGACGUGCACACGUGCCCGGCGAGGCCUCGGGUGAGGGACGUGCACCUUUAUUUUUACUACGCGGGGAUAGCGUGGGCUGCGAAUGGCAGGUACGAGGACGCGGUGGACGCGUUCAAGGCCGCCGUGUUGACGCCGGUGGCGCUGCCGAGCGCGAGUGUGUUGGAGGCGUACAAGAAGCUCAUUUUGGUGUCGCUCGUGGCGCAGGAGGAGAGUGGCUUGUCGCUGCUGUUUUCCGCGCCCGGGUUUCCCAAGUACACGAGGACUUUUUGCCAGCCCUACGACGAUUUCUUGCGCGCAUACCAGUCCGACUCGCACGAGGCGCUCAAGGAGGUGUUUUUGUCGAGCGUGGAGGUGUGGAAGAGGGACAGGAAUUUGGGCUUGGUGAAGCGGGCGUUGAGGUCGUUCCAGCAGAGACACGUGGGUCGCCUGGCCGCGAUAUACAGGGCGUUGCCGCUGGACGGCGUGGUGUCGCAUGAGAGGAUGCCGGCGAGGAGGGCGGCGGAGUGGCUGAUAGUGGAGUGCGUGAGACAGGGGCGGGUGGAGGCGACCAUUUCGCAGAGAGAGGAUAGGGUGGCGUUUGGCUCGCCGGAGCCCGUUGCGGCGAGGGAGGCGACGGCGUGUCUGAGUCGCAAUUUGAACGACAUGCUCGACUUGUACCCGUUGAUUGAGGAGUUGGACGAGAACAUACACGUCAGCCAGAGGUGCUUGGAAAAGGCGUACUGUUCCACGGGGAGGGCGGACGUGCCGCCGUCGGAGAGCGACACGGAGGCGAUGGCCAAGUUGACUAAGACGCACUAG